AUUGUUUUAUGCAUACGUAUAAGUGAUAGAUUAACAUAACUAGCGAGAAGAGUGUAAAUACGUGAAAGUUCGGAUUGUGAAAUGUCAAAGCGGAAUCUGGCGUUGGAGUAGUUCAUAAAACCAAGAAAAGUGGGAGCGUGAGCUAGCGGCUACUCACAACUUGUUACAUUACACGUGAACAGUGAAUACAACAACAAGCAACGAGGAAGGAACAAACAAGUUUUUCUCUUUAUACCUGAUAAACCAAUCAUAAUAACAAUAUAUAUAACGUGAUACACAUUUAACCACACUCGACAUUUAAAAAUCAAUCGUUUUCCAGGCAACUCAACAGGACAAUGAACACAUCAUCAAAUAGUGAUCUAGCGAAAGAUGAUGAGCUGGAGCUUUUCAAUAGCAGCUUGCUGACUCGUUUACCUAAUCUGCCAAAAGAAAAUGGACUUUUAGUGAGACCGCUACGAUCUACAGACUAUGAUAAAGGUUUCAUACAACUGCUAGGACAACUAACAGAUGUUGGAAAUAUUACUAAAGACCAAUUUUUAAACAGAUUUUUUAAAAUGAAAACAGCUAGUGGCUACUACGUUGUCAUUGUCGAGGAUUUGAAUGGUGGAGAGGUAGUAGGAAGUGCAACGUUAGUUGUAGAGCAAAAAUUUAUUCAUAAUUGUGCGUUGAAAGGACGUCUGGAAGACGUAGUCGUAAAUUCAAAGUAUAGAGGUAGACACCUCGGUAAAUUAUUAGUAAGCACAAUAUCGCAAUUGUCUCGAAGUUUACAGUGUUAUAAAUUAUCACUAGACUGUCGUGAUCGGCUUAUUGGAUUUUAUGAGAGUCUUGGAUUCCAACGAGAGCUUGGUAACGCUAAUUCUUUAAACAUGCGGUUUGAGACAACCCCCGAGCACUCUCGUUUAUGAUAAUAGCUCUCAUUAUUUUUAAUUAAAAAUCAUACUCGG